AUGGUACUCUUGGUGGAAAGGAUUAGCAAACUAUACUUCAAACUGGAGAACCAUCACCAGAGCCAGCAACCUGAAGCCUUAUCAGCUACUUUACAGGCUUUUAGAUCCGAUGUUUCAGACUGCGUACACAAAUUGUGCUUGGAUUUGAGACCCGGGUCAGAAAUCCUGUCCUUCUCGUGGAUCCAACAAUGUUUUCAGCUUAUACCCUCGAUCAAUAAAGCUUUUGCGAAGCUAGUUGUUGAUAUAGACUACCAUACGAGCAAAUGGAAGUCUCAGUCCAUUGAAGAAUAUCUCAAGUAUAGCUUGAGCUUGCUGGAUCUUCUUAACUCUAUUAGUUCUUCCCUGUCUCAUUUAGGACAAGUUCGGCUUUCUUCGGCUCAUGCUUUGAGCCUUGUGGAGAGUUCACCUUCCUCAGCAAUCGAGCAUUUCAACGCAAUCAAGUUCAACAGAUCAAUCAAGGAUUUCGAAGGCCAAGAUGACAAGGAAAAUGAGAAAGACCUACCUUUAUCUGAUGAGGAAUGGAUCAUUAAUCAAGCUUUGAUAGAACUAAAGAGUGUAGGAUUCUGGGUAUGUUAUGUUCUGUUGGCUGGUUUGUCCGGUGAUGCUAAGGCAUACUUGGAGAUAAGAAAAUCGGCUGGUAUGUUCUCUAACUCUUCAGUGAUCAAACUGGACAUGAGUAUUUCUGAAGCAAUGAUGGAUAGAGGGGUUGUGUUAAAGGAGGUUAAAGAGCUGAAUGAUGCAGCAGCUUGCAUUGCAGCUGCCACGGCUAUUGAAAAGGUAAGUAAUCAAGCUGAGGAGAUGCAGAGAAGAUUGAAAGCGUUCGAGCAGCUACUGGAUGGUUUGGAGAAGGAAGUCAACUCUCUCUUCUCCAAAAUAUUGGCUGAAAGAAACGAAUUGCUAGAUGGCAUUCGACUUAGGAAACAAUAA